AUGAGGACGGACACAAUUCCAAACUGGAUGAAGACAUACUUGAGGGCAUUUGAUGCGGACGCUGUCUUUAUCCAAUUGGGUGGUAACGAUAUUCGGCAGAACUCGAACCCGAGAGAGAUUUUCAACCGGCUUUCUGUGCUCGAGGAAACACUGGCAGAGAAGGGUGCAGCAGUGUACAUCGCUGAGAUUUGUAGACGCGGAGAUUUCAGCAAAGCACCUGGAUUUACUGCGGAAUCUUUCAACAAGCAGAGGAAUGCCAUCAACAGAUUCUUACGGACGAAAUAUGGAACACGCGUCAUCAGGAUCCCCCUUCAGUACCCAGCCGAUUACGAUGAUAGACUUGUCCACUUUUCAGAAGCUGGAAAUAGGAAGUAUUCUUUGUGGUUAGGAGAGGUUGGCGCUGGGUCCGCGGGAUCUGUGAUAGCUACUCGACUGUCAGAGGACAGAGGCAGUAACGUGCUUCUUCUGGAGGCAGGGGGCCGGGAGGAAGAGAACCCGUUGAUCUCAGUCCCCGCUGCCGCUAUGGACGUGCAGAAGUCAGAACAGGACUGGCAAUACUUUACAGAACCCCAGAAGCACGCAUGUAAGGCUAUGAAUGAAAAUAGGAGUUACUGGCCACGUGGGUACGUGCUCGGUGGAUCAAGUGGAUUAAAUUGGAUGGUGUACAUGAGAGGUAAUCGCCAUGACUACAACAGUUGGGCGGCCGAGGGAUGUGACGGGUGGAGUUACAAGGAUGUUCUUCCAUACUUCAUCAAGUCGGAAAAUACCCAAAUUCCCGAGUUUAAAACAUCAAAGUAUCACGGAAAGAACGGACCCCUGUACGUGACAGGUCCAACACAGACUCAGCUUCAGGAGAAAUAUAUCCAGGCCGGUCAGCAGCUAGGCUACAAUUUUGUGGACUGUAACGGAGAGGACCAAAUAGGAUUUUGCAGGAUGCAAGCUACAAUACACAAAGGAGUACGAUGGAGUACGUAUCAAGCCUUUCUCAAGCCAGUCAUGACUAGGUCAAAUUUUCAUGUGGCAACGCACUCUAUUGUUACCAAGGUGAUGAUAGAGAACAAGAAGGCGGUGGGAGUAGAGGUGAUCAGAAGGGGUCGGAAGGUAAGAGUAUACGCCAAUAAGGAGGUGAUACUGUCCGGAGGGGCAAUCAACUCGCCCCAGACUCUCAUGCUGUCGGGGAUAGGGCCGAAGAAACAUCUUGAGGAAAUGGGGAUAGACGUUGUAGCAGAUCUUCCAGUAGGUAACAACCUACAAGACCACAUACUUAUACCUGUCGUGCACAGCAUUAACAUCAGUGCAGCACUGACGUUGGAGAAGUUCGCCGCCGUUCAGUCAGUUCUACAAUACUUAUUGCUUAAAUCAGGCUACAUAGCGGCUACUGCUUUGGAGGCCAUGGGAUUUGUUUACAAGGAUGGAACUACAAAGAAUGAUGGGCGGAGUCCAGAUAUACAGUUGCACUUCUUAAGCUCGCAUGGGCUUACAGAAGAAGGCAAAGCGCAUGCUCCGAUGAAUUAUAGAGAUGAUAUUAUGAACAGGGUAUUUACGUACGAUCCAGCCAAGGAGACAAUGUCAUUUUUACCUACUCUUCUCCAUCCUAAAAGUAAAGGCACGAUCCGCCUUAAGAGUAAAGAUCCUUUCGACCAUCCCAUCAUAGAUCCUAAAUACUUAGAGGACCCGGAUGAUGUCAAAACCCUCAUUGCAGCUAUGAGGAUCAUUGAAAAGCUUGUUGCCACACCAGUCUUGAAGGAGAUUGGAAUGCAACUUGACAGUAAGUCGACAUUGGAGGAACUGUGUGAUCAGCAUACGUUUCGGUCAGAUGCAUUCUGGGACUGCUACAUACGACAUUACACGCAUACAGUGUUCCAUCCAACAACUACUUGUCGUAUGGGAGCUUUGGAUGACCCGACGGCUGUUGUAGAUCCCUACCUACGUGUUAGGGGUAUAUCUGGACUACGUGUGGCUGACGCGUCUGUGAUGAGGAACGUUCCGUCAGCUAACACAAACGCCGCCUCCAUUAUGAUCGGAGAAAAGGCGGCAGACCUUAUCAGAGGAAAGGAUUCUGUCCAGGAUAUCAAAAGAAUUCUGCAAAAAAACAAAAUUUGAUGAAUAUUGUUAUUCUAGUAUCAAUAAUUUAUCUAAAUAAAUGAAUGAUAUUU